AUGUGGUGGUGGUUGUUAUUGUGCGUUAUACCAAAAUGCGCCGCGCAAGUAAUGGUAAUAGAAACACAAGAAGUUGCCUACCAAAUAGCUGGUAUAUUUGAGAGUCAGGCUCUGACACAACGGCUGGCGUUCAACGAAAGUAUGAGACAUAACCAUAUGAGUGGAUCGGAUGCAUCGGCAGAUUCAGAAGAUAAAAUGAAGGAUUGGCGCCUUGACCCGGUUAUACUUCAGCCAUCUAGGGCCGACAGCUACUCUGUUUGGAGAAAUCUCUGUUCAAACAAAGAUAUGCAACCCAUCGCCAUCUUUGGUCCUCAAACCCCGAUAUUUGAUGGAGCAGUUCGCGAUCAGUGUGCAAUCGCUAAUAUUCCUCACAUACAAGCUACUUGGCAGCCAAUGGACCCGUACUUCGAAGACGAGAUAGCGAGUAUUAAGAAUGAUGAAACAGAUGAAGAUGAAGAUGAUGAUGAUGAAACGCCAGUUUACAAGAACAUCUCUAUUAAUUUCUAUCCGAGCGCAGAAGAUAUUUCGUAUGCUUAUGCAAGAUUACUUAAAUAUUAUAGAUGGGAGAAUUUUGCAGUAUUGUACGAAGACGAUUUUGGUUUACUGCGGAUACAAAAAAUUCUGGCCGAAUACACAGACCAGGUUCCGGUAACCGUGAGACGAUUAGAUCCCAACGGAGACAACUUUAGGAUAUUUAAGGAAUUGAAGAAAUUCAAAGAGUUCAGAAUUUUAUUAGACUGCCAUGUCGAUCGCAUUCUCAAAUACUUGCUUGAGGCUCGAGGUAUCAAUAUGGUCAACCACUACCAGCAUUACAUUCUUACGUCAAUGGAUUCUUCAAUGAUUGUUAAAGACUUGCUUCCAUUUAACUCGAACAUAACAUGGCUUAGUUUAUCGGAUUUUGAUGCGUUACAAGACGCACAACACUUCCUGGCAACCAGAGUUGGUAAAUGGACCAAUGAGAAGGUUCAACUAGAUUCACCACCGGUCACAAAUAUUGAGAUUGAAGCACUCGUUAUGAACGAUGUAGCGAAUCAUGUCCUUAAGGCAUUACAAAAAGUAGGCGAAGUGGAGGAUAUAACAAGACCAGACGAGGAUUUGUGUAAAAAAGACGCUGACCCCUGGCCGUUCGGAGCUAUGCUCCAAGCUGAAAUAUUAAAGACUCAAACGAUGGGGGUAACCGGAAACAUCGAGUUCGAUGAAUUCGGUCGCAGAUCAAACUAUACCCUCUACGUCAACGAGAUACACGUAUCCACGCGACAAACAGUUGGUACUUGGAAGUCGACUGGAGGUGAUAUUAUUGAAGACAGACCAAACACAGAUGUGAACAGUCAGCAACAAACUAGUAAACACUUUAUAAUAAUCUCUCGAAAAGCGAAGCCAUACUUUUUCGACAAAGUAAAAUGCCCACCGGAUAACGACACCUGCGUGGAAGAAAAUGCCGACGAGAAAUACGAGGGUUUCUCAGUUGAUCUUGUAAAACACAUCUUUGACACUUUGAAGAAACAUAAUUUCAAUUACACUUAUUCAUUUCUCCACGACGAAGACAAAAGCUAUGGCAAAUACGACCCGGAGCGAAAGAAGUGGACGGGCUUGAUAGGCGAUUUACUAGAUAAAAAAGCAGAUUUGGCAGUAUGCGACCUAACAAUAACGGAGGAAAGAAAGAGCGUUGUCGACUUCUCCGUACCGUUUAUGACUCUGGGUAUAAGCAUCUUAUACACGCAAGAAAGAAAAAUUUCACCUGGAUGGUUUUCUUUCCUCAACCCAUACAGUUUUGACAUGUGGAUACACACGGCGACAGCGUAUUGUGUCGUGUCUAUUGUUCUCUUCGUUUGUUCAAGGAUAUCACCAGCCGACUGGGAAAACCCACAACCCUGCGAUAAAGACCCUGAAGAAUUGGAGAACAUUUGGAAUUUCAAAAACUGCGUCUGGUUAACAAUGGGCUCUAUUAUGACACAAGGCUGUGAUAUAUUACCUAAAGCGAUCGGUUCACGAUGGGUUUGCGCCAUGUGGUGGUUUUUCGCCGUCAUCGUAUGUCAAACUUACAUAGCCCAGCUAUCUGCAUCUAUGACAUCAGCUUUGGAAAGCGAACGAAUUAACAGCGUUGAGGAUUUGGCGAAACAAAAUAAAAUUCUAUAUGGCGCUAUACGGGAAGGCUCUACUAUAGAUUUCUUUCGGAGUUCAAAGGACAAAAUGUAUCGGCGUAUGUAUGAAAAUAUGAUGGCGAAUCCUGUCGUUUUGUUGGACAGUAACGAUGAAGGUGAAAAGAGAGUUCUGAAUGGAAAAAAUAAAUACGCCUUCUUCAUGGAAUCUUGCACUAUUGAAUACAAGUUGAAACGAGACUGUAAUCUCAAGAAAGUUGGCGGCGAAUUAGAUUCCAAGGACUAUGGAAUAGCAAUGCCCGCUAAUUCACCAUUCCGAACUCAUAUCAACAGAGCUAUAUUGGAAUUAAAAGAGUUCACAAUACUCGAUCAGAUAAAACGAAAAUGGUGGGAAGAGAAAUAUGACGCUAAACAAUGUGAUAACGCACCCGACGAAAGCGACGUCGAAGGAGAUUUAGAAAUGGAAAAUUUAAUAGGCGCUUUCAUAGUUCUGGCAGGUGGUCUGGUGUUGAGUUUAAUUAUAACAGCCGCCGAGUUCAUGAAUGAAGUUCGCAAUAUUGUCAUACGGGAACAGGUUUCUCAUAAAGAAGUUUUUAUGAAAGAAUUGAAGGCGUCGUUAAACUUUUCCCAACUCCAAAAGCCAGUGCUCCGCAAUCCAAGUCGAGCACCAUCUAUUGCUUCUACCGACAGCACGGAAAAUAAAAUGAAACGAGCUGCCAAUAUUGAAAACUUCAUUGAAUUCGAAAAGGAGCCCAUGUGA